UAAAGUUUCAGUCAUUGCUGUUGGAGAUUUCUAUCAGUUACCACCGGUGAAAGGUUGUCCUCUUUACAAAGAACWAACUGGCUUUAAUUUAUGGCAAAGUACUUUCAGUCAUACAGAGUUGACAGAAAUUGUGCGUCAAAAACAACAAGACUUUGCUGUGACUCUUAAUCGAAUUAGAAAACAUAAAAAAGGAGAUCCACUUCAUCCACAAGAUGAACAGUUACUGAAAAGAUGUGAGACAGAUAUGUGUAAUGAUUCUGAAGUAUUGCACAUUUUUGCAACCAACAAUGAUGUGGACACUCAUAACUUUAACAUGUUGCAUAAAAUAUGUACUGACAKAGUGCAAAUUAAGGCACAAGACUUUGAAAAAAAUCUUCAAACAGGUCGCYGCAYUAAAAUGGUUACAACACAACUACUCAAUCAGAAAACAUAUUUACAACGAUUAUUAAGUAUUGCUCCAGGAGCUCGUGUUAUGCUCAUCAAAAACACAGACAUUUCAGAUGGUCUUGUUAAUGGUGUGUUUGGCACUGUUUGUAAUAUUAAAUUUCAGGACAAUGUUGAUUUUCCACAAAUAAUAUAUGUCAAUUUUGAUGACAAAGAAAUUGGUAAAAAAUUGAGACAGAAAUUUACCUGUUCUGACCCACAACUUUCUAAUGCAACACGAAUAGUUCCUGAUGAAGACCAGAUUGCAAACAGUAGAAUCAUUAGACGCCAAUUUCCAUUGCGUCUUUCAUGGGCUUGCACAAUACAUAAAGUUCAAGGUUUAACAUUGGACAAAGCAGUGGUUUCAUUUAAAAAGAUUUUCGCAGCCGGCCAAGCCUAUGUAGCUUUAAGUCGAGUAAAAUCUUUGGAAAAUCUAAUUAUUGAUGACUUUMAAACCACAGGUAUAUAUGCAAGAUCUGAUGUGGAAGAAAAUUUAACAUUACUGCAAAAUUUCAUUGAAACUCCAUYAACAACACCUGAUUUCAACCUAAAACUCUGUCUUUUCAACAUCCAAGGUCUACAGCCUCAUAUAGAUGAUUUGAGACACGAUCAGAGGAUACUGGAUGCUGAUGUUAUUUGUUUAACAGAAACAUGGUUGCAAGACAGCACAUCACUUGACAGUGUAGCAAUACCAGGUUGGACAUUGCAUCAUAAAACCAGAGCAAAGAGCUACAGAAAUACCAGUACUUUUUCAAGUUUAAAAAAUACAAACCAUGGGGGUGUUGGAAUUUACCUAAAAAAACAACAUUGCCUGUAAAUUUAUGGAUCUUAACUUUGAAAACUUAGAAGCCAUCAUUUUCAACAUUCAACCUUUGAAUCAUAAUUACGUAGUACUAUACAGACCACCAUCAUACAAAAUUUGCCAAUUUAAGGAAAACCUGAAAACUGUUUUGACAACUUUACACAACUUUCCUGGACCCAAAAUUAUCAUGGGUGAUUUUAAUGAUGAUGCCCUUAUUUCUAAUUCAUUUUUGAACUUCAUGCAACUACAAGGAUACACUCAAAUGGUAAGCUGCCCAACAACAGAUAAUGGGACAUUAAUUGAUCAUAUUUACAUUAAAGAUAUAGAUCCAGCUUUUGUAAAUGUGAAAAUUAUGUCUACUUAUUAUAGCUACCAUGAAUGUAUUUUUGUGAGCUUUCUGAACAUGUGAAAUACUUCAAGUAACAUCAUUCCAUUCAUACUCACCAGUUCUGAUUAAACCUCUUACUGUAACCAAAGGAGCCAGGAAGUACAAAUUUAUGUUUUCCAUAUUAUGUUUAAUAACUUACAUAAUAUACAACUACUAAACAGACUUGCAAAACUAACUGACAAAACUUGCUUCAUUACUCUCGAUUAGAAAAUGUAGUUUUCAUUUUUCAAUUUAUUUGAAAAAAUGUGAUGGAACACUUUUAUUGUAACAUACUUUUAGCCCAAACAUUGAUUUAAACCACAGGAAACACAAUUGUUAUGUGAAUUAAAUGUUUUCAGUGACUUUUAUUAUUUCCUGUUGUGGAGAGAACUUGACUAUAGAUAACAAGUUAUAGAGAAAACACUGGAACAACAAAAACAGCAAUAGUUAGUCGAUAUGGAUGAUGAACCAAAAACCUUGCCAACAUAGAACCACCACCAGAAAAAAUAAUCUAAAAACAGGAGACCCUGUAGGUAAUAAAAAUGCAAUACUCUCUUUUGACUCUUGAAAAUUGUACUGAAUGWUUUUUUUUAACUUAGUCUGUGCACCUUAUGGGUCUUGCUUGCUGAGGUGAAAAAUAUAUCUGAUCUAAUCUUCUUUUUGUUGUAUUAGCUCUCUAUAGAGCAUCUGGAACUACUCAGGAUUUUUUUGCCUUUUUUCUCCAACAAAGUGUAAACAAUAUUUUACCCACUGGACUGCACUGAAAAUACAUUAUUUUUAAUGAUGUAAUCACACUGAAUCAGAUGCAGGACUUUAUCUCUAUUUAAGUAUUUGUGAUACCAAGUUGUUUUCUUAUUUUCAUUUUAGUUUGAGCUUGUUUUUUAAAUGUCUAUGUAGAAUGAAAAUUACAUUGUUUUUAAAACAGGGUUUCUUUGUACUUUCCUUUUUGAAUUUAUCAUUACUACUAUGUUUCUAUCUAUCAAUAACAAAAAGUUGUAUUGUAUUCUGACUGAAUCAGAUGAACGACUUAUAAGUAUUUGUGAUGCCAAGUUGCUUUUUUAUUUGAAUUUUAGUUUGAGCUUCCUUUUCUAAAACUUAUAUGUACAAUGAAAAUUACAUUGUUUUUAUAUCAGGACUUUUGGGUACUUUUCUUGUUGGCUUUAUCACUACUACUAUGUAUCUAUCUAUCUGUAACAAAAAAAUUGUAUUAUAUUCAGAGUGAAUUAGAUACAGAACUUUACCUCUGUUUAAGUAUUUGUAAGUAUUUGUGAUACCAAGUUGUUUUCUSAUUUGAAUUUCAGUUUGAGCUUCUUUAUUUAAAAYGCCUAUGUACAAUGAAAAUUACAUUGUUUUUGUAUCAGGACUCUGUACUUUUUUUGAACUUUAUCGUUACUACUAUGUAUCUUAUCUAUCUAUAACUAAAAUAAAAACAUUGUAUUGUAUUCAUA